GGAUCCGAAUUCCAGGGAGGCGGGGCGGAGACGGCUGGCGCGGAGGACGCGGUGGUGGGACCGGGAUCCGCUGUGGCUCGGGCGGCGCCUCCCUGCAGCGGCCCGGUCCCGGCCCCGCCAGGGCGAUGCUCCCCGAGGCCGCAGGAUGAGCGAGAUGGGAAAACUGAGGCAAGAAGUUUCUCAAGACAUUUGGUCUGAAAGGACAGGAGAGUGCAGGUGGUCAGCAACUUUGUACUGAGAGCUCAAUGGGUCCUCACAGCAAUCCUGACCCGUGUCCUUGCUCACAGUGACUCGGCUGGCCUGGGCAUGGCGGACCCAGUGGCGGGCAUUGCAGGCUCAGCAGCCAAGAGCGUGCGGCCAUUCCGCUCAAGCGAGGCCUAUGUGGAGGCCAUGAAGGAGGACCUGGCCGAGUGGCUCAAUGCCUUGUAUGGCCUGGGUCUGCCCAGUGGUGGCGAUGGCUUCCUGACGGGGCUGGCUACCGGCACCACACUGUGCCAACAUGCCAACGCUGUCACGGAGGCUGCCCGCGCCAUGGCCGCUGCCCGCCCGGCCCGUGGGGUGGCCUUCCAGGCACACAGCGUGGCACCUGGCUCCUUCAUGGCCCGAGACAAUGUGGCUACUUUCAUCGGCUGGUGCCGAGGGGAGCUGGGCGUGCCCGAAGUGCUCAUGUUCGAGACUGAGGACCUGGUGCUGCGAAAGAACGAGAAAAGUGUGGUGCUGUGCCUGCUGGAGGUGGCACGGCGCGGUGCCCGCCUUGGCCUGCUCGCCCCUCGCCUCGUGCAAUUUGAACAGGAGAUUGAGCGAGAGCUGCGUGCUACACCCCCGGCCCCCAAUGCCCCCACUGCUGGGGAGAACAUCCCGGAGACUGCCUCCACCCCAGGGGCUCCUGCCCGUGGGCCCCGAAUGACGCCCAGCGACCUGCGCAACCUCGAUGAGCUGGUGAGGGAGAUCUUGGGCCAUUGCACCUGCCCAGACCAGUUUCCCAUGAUCAAGGUCUCGGAGGGGAAGUACCGCGUGGGAGACUCCAGCCUGCUCAUCUUUGUGCGGGUGCUGAGGAGCCAUGUGAUGGUGCGUGUGGGCGGUGGCUGGGACACGCUGGAGCACUACCUGGACAAGCAUGACCCCUGCCGCUGCUCCUCCACGGCCCACCGCCCACCCCAGCCGAGGGCCCGCACCUUCUCCCCGCAGCGAGUGUCACCCACCCCCAGCCCCCGAGCUGGUAGCCCAGCCCCAGGGGGUGAGCGCCGGGGCUCCCGCCCAGAAAUGACACCCAUUAGUUUACGCAGCUCAAAGGAGGGGCCUGAGACCCCGCUCAGGGCCCGGGACCAGCUGCCACCCCAUCCUCGCUCCCGCCGCUGCUCUGGGGACAGUGAUUCCUCGGCCUCCUCAGCCCAGAGCGGCCCUCUCAGUGCCCGCAGUGAAGACUCAGGCACUGGCCCCCGGCGGGAGCGGCCCAGCCGGCGGGUGACCACAGGCACCCCAGCCUCCCCAAGGCGGCCUCCCGCCCCGCGCAGCCAGUCUCGAGACCGGCUGGAUCGGGGACGGCCACGAGGGGCCCCGGGAGGCAGGGGAGGCCAGCUGUUGGCCCCCAGCCCUGCCCGGCGGGCCAGGAGCCAGAGCCGCGAGGAGCAGGCUGUGCUGCUGGUGCGUCGGGACCGAGAUGGGCAGCACUCAUGGGUGCCACGGGGCAGGGGAAGUGGGGGCUCAGGCAGGAGCAGUCCCCGGACUCCCCGUGCCCACAGCCCUGCAGCCCCCCGGCCUCCUCGAGUUCCCAGCCCCAGUCCAGAGUUGAGCUCUACCCCUGCCAGUGUUUUCCGCACCCCACUGCAGCUUGACCCAAAGCAGGAGCAGCAACUAUUCCGACGCCUGGAAGAGGAGUUCCUGGCCAACGCCCGAGCCCUUGAGGCUGCUGCUGGUGGGACCUCCACUGGACCAGCCCCUGACCCGAUUCGGGCCCCAGACCCUCCAGCUCCUGAUUCCGCCUACUGUUCCUCCAGCUCCUCCUCUUCAUCCCUGAGCAUCCUGGGUAGCAAGUGUGGCCAACCUGGGGACUCUGGAAGGAUGGCCAAUGGACUGCCUGGUCCCCGAGGCCCAGCCCUGUCCAGCUCUUCUGAUGAAGGCAGCCCUUGCCCUGGUUUAGGGGGUGCACCAGAUGCUCCUGGGAGCCCCCUGACUGGCCCAGAGCCCCCCAGGACCUGGGCGCGAGGCCGGAUGGACACACAGCCUGACCGAAAACCCUCACGCAUCCCCACGCCAAGGGGCCCCCGCUGCCCAUCUGGACCCACAGAGCCCGGGGCCUGGCCUGCCCUGCACUCGGUCAGCCCAAGGGCAGAACCGGAUUCCUGGAUGUGAUGGACCAGCCCACUGCUCCCAUUCCCACAUUCCUUCUCCUUUUCCUUUGUGGCCUUAACCCUUCUGCAUCAGGGAGCCCCCUUGCCUCUUGGGGACCAGACCUCAUGGGACCAGACCCCUUGGGACCACAUGGCACAAUGGCACCUCUCUUGUACAUUCCGGUUGGGGGAUGAGCAUUGCUAUUUAAUUACUAAUAUUAUUGAAUGCCUUAGAGGAGGUGGGCCAGCCCAAUGAGGACCUUGCUGAGGUCCUGUGGCCCUGCUGAGCCUGACAGUAAAGUUUUGUUCCAGCUA